GGCUCGCUGUUCUGCUUCGGAGGCUGGCGGGGAAAGACUCCGGGAGAGCGCGGCUGACGAAAGAACAGCGGUGCUCACGGGGCCUGUGAUUUCAAGGCCUCCUCCCUGUCUCUCUCUACUCGGAGCCCUGAGACUUGCCAUGGGCAACCACUUGACUGAGAUGGCGCCCACCGCCGCCUCCUUUUUGCCCCACUUUCAGGCCCUGCACGUCGUAGUCAUUGGACUGGACUCUGCUGGAAAGACCUCUCUCCUUUACCACCUCAAGUUCAAAGAGUUUGUCCAGAGUGUCCCCACCAAAGGGUUCAACACUGAGAAGAUCCGGGUACCCUUGGGGGGGUCCCGUGGCAUCACCUUCCAAGUGUGGGACGUUGGUGGUCAGGAGAAGCUGCGGCCACUGUGGCGCUCCUACACCCGCCGGACAGAUGGACUGGUGUUUGUAGUAGAUGCUGCUGAGGCUGAAAGGCUGGAGGAGGCCAAGGUUGAGCUACACCGAAUCAGCCGGGCCUCGGACAACCAAGGUGUGCCUGUGCUAGUGCUGGCCAACAAGCAGGACCAACCUGGGGCCCUUAGUGCAGCAGAAGUGGAGAAGAGGCUGGCAGUCCGUGAGCUGGCAGCAGCCACUCUCACCCAUGUGCAGGCCUGCAGUGCUGUGGACGGGAUGGGGCUGCAGCCAGGCCUGGAGCGACUGUAUGAGAUGAUCAUCAAGAGGAAGAAGGCCGCCCGGGCAGGCAAGAAGAGACGGUGACCAGAGGAGAUCCACUCCCUACCAGUAUGGAUCUGCACACUUGGGGCCUAUGGCCUCAGUCAGCCCAGCAUACAGGACCUGUCCACCUCAGUGGAAGAUGGAGGAGCAUGUGGGCUCCUGUUUAGUUGCCACACUAGGAGGGGGGAUGGGAGAUGGGAUGUCUUUGAACAUCUCUCCCUCAUCCUCCCCUCUGGAGAAGUGGGGGCUGCAGGACUGUGGAAGCUUAAAUGUAAACUGUGACUCUA